UACAUCACAAUACAGCGCGGUGACUGCAAUUGAAACACAGAGCGAGUUAUAAACUACGGCACUGUCAUUCGCUUUGUUGUGGUUUUAAUAUGUCUGGUAGGGGGAAAACCGGAGGAAAGGCCCGAGCCAAGGCCAAAUCUCGUUCGUCCAGAGCUGGACUUCAGUUUCCAGUGGGUCGUGUCCACAGACUGUUACGCAAAGGGAACUAUGCUGAGCGGGUAGGCGCGGGGGCGCCGGUCUAUCUGGCCGCCGUUCUGGAAUAUCUGACGGCUGAAAUUCUCGAGCUGGCCGGAAACGCGGCGAGAGAUAACAAAAAGACCAGGAUCAUCCCCCGCCAUCUGCAGCUCGCAGUUCGUAACGACGAGGAGCUCAAUAAACUUUUAGGUGGCGUUACCAUCGCCCAGGGCGGAGUGUUGCCAAACAUCCAAGCUGUUUUGCUGCCCAAGAAAACCGAGAAACCAGCCAAGAGCAAGUGAUGAGCUUCGUGACCGAGGACACUGACAUCACGGCUCCACACAGCGAUGCCACCAUUUUGAGUCUCUAAAGUAACACAUUUUCUUGUUCUCGCUUGAUUCUGCAUUGUCUUAAGGUGUUAUGAAACUGAGUUAUGCUGUUGAUGUUUCUUGGAGAAAUUGCUUGUUUAUGUGAGGCGCCGCGUCCACAUCGAAACGGACACUAACCACUACUGGCUCCAAACGAGCGGCGGACAUGUUCAACCUGGCCAGGAACAAAGGUGGACUGUGAGCGGAUUAAAAAUGGGGGGGAAAAACCAUACAUGGGCUGAACGUUAGUAUACACACUUAGUAGUUUUUAGACCAGUGCUUGUUGUCGUUCCCACUGCUUUUAAAUGACCUUGUUAUUUUUCCUUCUGUUAAUUGAAUAAAUGUUAAGAGCCUGAGAAGGGCACAAAGA